AUGGAGACGAGGCUGGAGCUGGACGUUCUGAUCUACCCCGAUGAAGUGAGGGUGGCCACCCCAGAGGACCUCCUGGAGUGGGAGCUGGAGACCGCGAGCCAGGUGUCCAUCCCCACCGUCCGACUCUUCGUGGCUCUUUACCCCUACAACCCUGCUGCCAUGUCCCCCAACUAUGAGACGGCUGCAGAGGAGCUGCCCUUCGUGCCGGGCCAGAUCAUCAAGGUGUUUGGGGACAAAGAUGCUGAUGGGUUCUAUCACGGCGAGUCCGGAGGCCUCUCCGGUUUUGUGCCGAGCAAUAUGGUGGCUGAAAUCCCGGUGGACGACGACUACCUGAAGCAUCUCCUCAUGCAGCAGGGGUUCCUGCCUGUGGACCACACAGCCUCAGACCGGAGCGAGGCAGGAAGUGUUCCUGACAGCGUGGUGGUCCGGAGAAUGGUGGCCUUAUUCGACUACGACCCGUGGGAAAGCUCGCCCAACAUGGACAGCGACGCUGAGCUUGGCUUCAGAUCUGGAGACAUCAUCUACGUGUUGGGUGACCUGGAUCCAGACGGCUUCUACUACGGCGAUCUUCACGGCCGGCGAGGUUUGGUUCCGUCAAACUUCCUGCAGCCGUUACCCUGGGAUUAGAAGAACCCGUCUCGCUGAUGGUUCUGCUCCAAACGCCAAGUUUCACUCUGAAACCUGCACCUUUGACCAACUACU